UCUGCUCCGCCUCUGCCCGUGCACCAACUUUCAUAUAUGGCCGCUCCAAUCACCAUGCAGCUAUAUUAUGUGUAUUGCCAGCCAGGCACAGCUAGCCAAGGACAGUUACCUGUAAACAACAUCGCAUCGGCAACAACAGCAACUGUUCCUCCAGCUCCUCCACCCCACAGCUGCGCUCCAAAAAAGCAGCAAACCAAACAGGGUGAAGACCAGGCUUACGUUAAGAAGCCCCCAAAUGCCUUCAUGCUGUACCUUAAAGAGCAGAGGACAAAGGUGAAAGCAGAACUAAAUAUCAGUGACAGUGCAGCUGUGAAUGCAGCUGUGGCAGAGAGAUGGAGGUCGCUCUCAGAGAAGGAGAAGAAAAAAUACUUUGAAGAGGCGGAAGCACAAAAAUGUCAUCACGCCACAGAACAUCCGAAUUGGUCAACCAAAGAGAACUAUGGCAAAAGGAGGAGGAGCGUCAGCCAUCGUAACUGCACCAAAGAGAGGCCUUAAUUUGCAACUCCAGUAAGAAAUCUAAAGGCACGGGGCUGAGAUGGAAGUCACUACUGAGCCUUUUAGGCGUACUUCUGUUUUUAUUUUUCUGUUUUUAUGUGUUUUUAUUACUUACAUGUGUUUUUGCUGCUUUGACAUAUUAAAAUGUAAUCUGUAAAAAUGUCCACUGAACUGGAACAUAUGUUACCUUAAUGCCAUUAACGAUUCCCUGCAUUUAACCUUUAAAAGUAUGUUAGUUUAUGUACUGAUAGAAAUUCAGUCUCCAGAUUUGUCCAGAGUGCCGCGGACUGAUCUACUCAUUGCUUUGAAAGCAUACCUCUGUUUCAUCUCCCAUUAUGAGACUCUACUGUUUGCUGGCUGUUCCUGUAGUAAGGAUAUAAACUAUAAACACGACUUUUAAUGGUA